AUGUCAAAAGAAAUCAAAGUAACUACUAGGCUUAAAAAGCAAUUAAGUGGUGUAGAAGACCAAGAAAUCUUCAUUUAGAACUAGGAUUCCUUUAGUGAAGAUGGGGUAAUUAUUCAAUAAAAUGUAAUCUCUAUAGAAAUAUGGUGAAUAAGUGAAAAAGUAGAAUCGCGAAAUUUUAAAAAAAUUUAAAGAACUUUUACACGAUGGAUAGUCAACUACAAAUCAAUAAGAAGAGCAGAGUUUUGUUAUAGCUAAUGAAAAUCACAAAUAAGAAUUUCUUGAAGACCUUGAAGAAGAAUUUGGUUAAGUUUAUUAAGAAAAUAAAGUCAAAAUAAAUACAUAUAUCAAAUUAAUUCCAAAGAAUGAGUUGCAACUUUCUUACAGUUAUCAUGAUAAGUAUGUUGUAUAUAUAUAAUUUUUAGAUAUCCAUUCUUAUCGAUACGUAAAAAAAUAUUGAUUUAAACUAAACUUGUUUCUUUUUAUGCUUAAUUGAUUACUACUCAUCCAAUUUUUGAAGUGAUCACUCUAAUAAUGAUUGUGUUUAAUUCAAUUAUGUUAGCUAUUGAUGAUCCUACAACAAAUAUUUAAACAUCAUUCUAAAACUUAACUGAUAUCAUAUUCUUAGCUUAUUAUACAGCUGAGGCUAUUCUUAAGAUCAUUGCUUAAGUAAUUAUAAUUUAGUGAUAUUUCAGGGUUUCAUCAUUCCUAAAAAGUCAUACUUAAGAGACACAUGGAAUAUAUUAGAUUUUUCUGUUAUCAUAACAGCAUAUAUUCCAUACUUUUUAGAUUCAAAUUCUGUGAAUUUAAAUGCACUUCGUUCAUUUAGAGUAUUAAGACCUUUAAGAACUGUAUCAUCAAUAAAAGCUCUUAGAACAAUUUUAUUGGCUUUGUUUGCAUCAAUUGCUUAAUUAAGAGAUGCAGCUGUUGUAUUAAUGUUUUUUUAUUCAAUAUUUGCUAUAGCAGGUGUAUAAUUAUUUUCAGGUUAUUUAAAACGAAGAUGUAUUGGAGAAGAGAGUGGUAUAACUUGGAUUUCAGAAGAACUUUUAUUUUGUUCAGAUGAUAAUAAUUGUCCUUUUCCAGAAUAAACAAUUUUUAAUGAAAAUUUCAUUUGUGGUAAACAAAUUGCAAAUCCAUAAAAUAAUUUGAUUAAUUUUGAUACAUUUGGUUAUGCUUUUUUAUAAGUGUUUAUUAUAACAACUUUAGAGGGAUGGACUUAAAUUUAGACAGCUGUAAUGUUAACAUUCUCAGAAUUUGUUGUACUUUAUUUUAUCAUUGUUGUUCUAGUAGGUGCAUUCUUUUUAGUAAAUUUAACUCUUGCUAUUAUCAAAUUAAAUUUUAAACCUGAAAAAAUAUAAGAAGAAUUAGAAUAAAUUAAAGAAGAAAUAGAAGAAUAUGAUUACAAAUAAUUAAGAUAAUUAAAAUUAUAUGUUCCUGAAAGAGAAAGAGUAGAUACUACAGGAUUUGGUAUUACUUGGGAUAAAUCCAAUGAUUUAGAUUAAAAUAUAAUAAUGAAUCGUAAUAAACACCCAAGAAAAGGAGAUUCAUAAAUAAAUGUUAUCAAAGAUACAUAUUAAAGAAGAUUGAAAGGUAAAAAUAAAGUACAUUUCCAACCAAUCAAAUCAGCUAUUUAUUAUAGCCAUCCUGUGAUGCUUAAUAAAAAAUAUAUAAAAAUUGAAGGUAUUUAUGGAAUGGGUAAUUAAAAUAAAUUGAAUUUAUAAUAAUAAUAAUAAUAGAUUACAUCAAAUUAAUAAAGUAAUAUUACUGCUAAAAGAUCAAGUGGAGUUAGAAAAAGAAAUAGUUAAUCAAGUUAAACAUCUUCUAAAUAGAUGUUUGAUAAUGAGAGUGGAAGUGCUAAUAAAUAAACUAAAAAGAGUCUCUAAUUAUGUGAUUAAUAAUUAAGUUCAGAGUUCAUGAAUUCUCCUAUGUUGGAUUUAUAAUCUGAAAAUAUAAGACCUUUGAAUGGAGGAACAAUGUUAAUACAGCGUAGAGCAUCAAUUGAAAGUAGUAAAAGUGGUGAAUCUAAAUUAGAGAGAACUCCAAUUAAUAAUAAAUUACAAAUUCCUAAAAUAGGAGAAAGUAAAUAAUAUUUAAUAUAACUUUUUAGUUAAAUAAUAAUCUUAGAACAUAAAAGCAAAUUAAAAAUUCAAUUUAACUGCUGCAAUGAAAUUCUAGAAAUAACCUCGUAAUUCUCCUAAACCUGAUUCAUAAAAAUCAAUUGAUGAUCAUGAAUUUGAUAGUGUUAAUUUAAGUGAAUUAAAUAGUCUUUCAGAUGAUGAACUAGAUUAAAGAUUAGAAGAAAUGGAUAUUGAAAUAGAAGAAAAGAUAACUAAUGUUAAUAGUGUAAACUAGAAAUAGAUUUAAAAAGAAUUAAAUAGAUAAAGAAAAAUGGAAAAUAGAAGACUUAGAGAUUUAAAUAAAAAUACAUAAUUAAAUUUAGAUGAAGCAUCUCUUAAAUUAAAAUCCAAAUUAUUUAAUACUAAAUUUUAUCCUAUAAUCGUUGUAGAUGCUGAAUUUAAUAGUAUUAAUGAUAUACUAAUUUCAUAAAUGUUAUAAAAAUUAGAAUAAAAGAGAUUAGAAUAAGAAAAAAAGAUUAUGGAAUUAGAUAUUAAAAUUACUUAUUGCUUCAAAAAUUCUAAACAAUCAUUUGAAUUAAAGAAUAUUAAUAAUACAAAAACUAAAAGUAUUCCAAAAUCAGGAUACUUUAAAUCUGGAAAUAAAUCUAAAAAAACUAAUUUAAGUUUAAGAAGAGUAUAACCAAUCAUUGAUGAAAUACAUCCUUAUGAAGAUAUUUAAUUACCAACAGAUAAAAAUGGAGAAAUUUAAAAAGAGUAUAAUCAAGAAAAUCAAAAUGGAAAUUCAUAAUCAGAAGAAGAAAAUGAAAUUAAUAUUGAUAAAGAUUAAAAUAAUAUAUAUGGAAGUGGAAAUUAAAAAGUUAAUUAAAAAAAAAGAAAGUAAAAAGAAGAAAAAAAUUAAAAAUUAAAUUAUGAACAACUAGGAGUAAAAUUCAAUGAAAGUUCAGAUUGUAUUGUUGAUUUAACAAAAAUAUAUUAAGUGGAAUUAAAUAAAUAAUUUGAUUAAAAAGAGUUAGCAUUGCUUACUCCUUUAGAAAUAGAUCUAUAAUAAAGUAUUUUCUAUUAGGAAUUUGAAGAUAUUAAAUAGAAAGACAUUCAUGAAAGCAAAGGAACCAUAAUAGCAUAGGCUUCAAUUGAGGAUGUACUAUUAAUAGCAGAUUAUACAUUUUAUGAUUAAAAAUUUGCAAAACAAAUGAAUUCUGUUAUGAAAGCUCUUAAUUAUUCAAAAAGGGAAACUUUCAUUUAUUUAAAAGGUUUAAUUGGUAUUUUAUUAGUUUUAUAAAAUCAAUUAUUGUAUUUUGUAGAAUCAGGAUACUUUGAGGCUUCAAUGAAUCUGGCAGUUACUUUAAAUACUGUAAUAUUAGCACUUGAUGGUUUAUUGCCUGAUAGUACUUCAACAUUAACAAACUAGUUUAAUUUUGGAUUUACUAUAUUGUUUACAAUAGAAUUAGGAUUGAAAAUGUUUGGAAUGGGUUUAAGAAAAUAUUUGAGAGAUACUAUGAAUAUAUUUGAUGCAGUUAUUGUAGCUCUUAGUUUAGUAGAAUUAUUCUUUUUGGGAGGAAGCACAAAUGGAAAAUCAUCAUUAUCAGCCUUUAGAUCAGUAAGAAUCUUUAGAGCUUUUAGAGUUUUGAGAGUAACUAAAUUAAUGAAAAGCUUACAAUUUAUGGGGUUUUUGAUAAAAGUGUUAAGUAAUGCUUUUUAAUCAUUUAUGUAUAUUAUGAUUCUAUUGAUACUCUUUAUCUUUAUAUUCACACUUUUGGGAAUGGCAUUUUUUGGUGGAUAAUUAUCUAAGACUCCAAGCAGAUAAAGCUAUGAUGAUAUUCAAAGUGCAUUUUUGGUUGUAUUUUAAGUACUUACUUUAGAAAAUUGGAGUAGUAUUUUGUGGGAUUUAUUAGUUUAAGAUGUUUCAGCAUUUAUUACUAUACCUUAUUUAGUAUUUUGGAUAAUGAUUGGGAAUUAUGUAUUUCUAAAUUUAUUUUUGGCAAUAUUAUUAGAAAAUUUUGAAGAAGAAUACAAGAAUGAUAAAGCAGGAUUGGAUACUAAUAUUGAGAUAGGAAAGGAUUCAGUAAUGGAUAAUACAACUUAAGCUGUAAAUUCAACAAGUACAUUAAAAUCAACAAUGAAAACCAAGAAACAUACUGUUGCAUAACAAUUAGAAAAUAAUGAAGAUAAUCAUGAUUAGAAAAAACAUAAAUAAAUAAACUAAGCUUUUUAAUAUUUUGUUGAAAUUGGAAUAUGUUAAUAUUCAUUAUAUUUAUUCAGUCAAUAAAAUAUUAUCAGAAAGAUAUGUUAUAGAAUAGUGAAGGAUAAUAAAUUUGAAACAUUAAUAUUUUCUAUGAUAUUCUUAACAUCAACAAAAUUAGUUUUUGAUACUUAUAUUCCAGAUACUGGAUAAUUAAAAUAAAUAUCUUUAGAUAUAGAUAUAUUCUUUGCUGUAUUUUUUGGAGUAGAGAUGUGUAUGAAAAUAAUAGCAUUUGGUUUAAUAUAAUAAGAGAGUUCAUAUUUAAGAGAAUCAUGGAAUAUUUUAGAUUUUUUCAUUGUAAUUGCUUCUUUUAUUGAUGUUAGUGUUUCAACAAUUAAUUUAAGUUUUGUAAAGAUUUUGAGAUUAUUAAGAACAUUACGUCCAUUAAGAUUUAUAACUCAUAAUAGAUCAAUGAAAAUAUUAGUAUCAGCAUUAUUAUAAUCUAUAAAUGGUAUUUUUAAUGUUGCUAUUGUUGUAAUUUUGGUAUGGAUGAUGUUUGCAAUUUUGGGUAUUAAUUUAGAGAAAGAUAAAAUGAGUUUUUGUAAUAUGGGUGAUGAUGAAAUAUAUUAUCAUUAUGGAGUUUAAGAAUGUAAAUAGAAUGGUGGUGUUUGGGAAAAUAGAAAAACUAAUUUUGAUAACAUUUUAAAUGGAAUGUUAACAUUAUUUAUAUUGUCAACUUUGGAAGGAUGGCCAGAUAUUAUGUAUUGGUUUAUCGAUGCAGAUGAAUCAGGACCAAUAAAAAAUGCAUAAUUAUAAUUUUCUUGGUAUUUUAUUGUAUUUAUUUUAUUUGGAUCAAUAUUAUUGAUGAAUCUCUUUAUUGGUGUGAUCUUAGUCAAUUAUCAUUUAGCUGAAGAAGCAUCAAGAGAUAAAAUCUUAACUUAAGCUUAAGUUGAUUGGAUUGAACUAUAAAAAUUAAUAGUUCAUUCAAGUCCAAAUCUUGCUAUGUUUUUUAGUCCUGAGAAUCCUUUCAGAGCAAAAAUCUUUUCUAUUAUAAAGCAUAGAUAUUUUGAUCCCACUAUUCUAAUGAUCAUUGUACUCAAUAUUAUUAUCAUGGGUUUAUCUUAGGAUGAUGCACCAAUCCUUUAUGAUUCAAUUUUAACAUAAUUUAAUACUGCAUUUACUUUUGUAUUUAUAGGAGAAGCUAUUCUUAAAAUAAUAGCAUUAGGACCAAUAGGUUACAUGAGAAAUUCAUGGAAUAGAUUUGAUUUUUUUGUAGUAUGUGCUUCAAUCUUGGAUUUAAUACUUUCAUUUACUGGAAAUUCAUUUAUUUCAUUUCUUAGUGCAGGACCUUAGUUGGCUAGAGUUUUUAGAGUACUUCGAGUUACUAGAUUAUUUAGAUUAAUUAAAUCCUUUGAAGGUUUAUAAAAAUUGAUAGAAACAGCAAUUUAUUCAUUGCCUGCUAUGUUAAAUGUGACAGCUUUAUUAUUUUUGGUUUUCUUUAUAUUCUCUAUAUUGGGAGUAUUUUUGUUUGGAACAAUAAAAAGUGGAUGGGCAAUUGAUAAUACCAAUAAUUUUUAAGAUUUUCACCAUUCCUUUUUAUUACUAUUUAGAUGUGCAACUGGAGAAGAUUGGUACAUUAUUAUGUUUGAUACUAUGCAAGAUGGUUAAGGAUAUUAUUGUAUUUUCUUUAUUAUUUUCAUUGUCAUCUAAUAAUAUAUUAUGCUCAACCUAUUUAUUCUUAUCAUUUUAGAUUAAUAUGAAAUUAAUUAUUUCAACAGUGAUAAUCCAUUAAAUAAAUUUUAAGAAUAUGAAAACAUGUUUAUUGAAUCUUGGUCUAAAUUUGCUAAGGAAGACAAAGGAAUGAAGAUGCAUUAAUAAUUGCUUGUUCCUUUAAUGUUAUAAAUGGAAAAACCAAUAGGAUAUGAUUUAAAAUAGAAAUUAUAAAAUGAAAUCACAGAAUGGAAACGAAUUAAUCCAUAAUUAGACAAUAAAUAAAAUAUUCAAAAAUAUACUUUAUAUUUAAAGGCUUAAGCCAAAAGAUCUGUAUCAACUUAAUUAAUGAAAAUGAAUAUCUAUUCUGAUAAUAAUGGACAUGUCAAAUAUCAUUAAAUUUUAUUUUGUGUUAUGAAAUCUUAUAUGUGGAAAAAGAUUUAAAUUAAUUUAAGUCAAGAAGGAGCUGAAAAAAUAUUAUAAAAAGAAGAUGAAACUUAAAAAAGAUUGAAAAAGAAAUAUGCUUUGCAAUCUAAAGAAGUUACCCUUGUUAAUCCAAUUGUUGAAUUUUUAUUUGUACAUAUGGCUUACAAAACACUUAAAAGAUAUGGAGAAAAAAAGAGAUAAUAAAAAGAAUUGUAAAUUUUAUUAGAAUAGUAAUAAGAACAUUAUAGUGAUGGAUUCAGUUCUGAUUCUUCAUUUGACAACAAAAUAGAAAUCAUUUCUAGAAAUUCUAAUGAUACAGAAUAUCCAAAAAGACCAGAUUAUGGGAAACCAAAAUAUAUAUCUUUACCAAAUACUUAAAUUUAUAAAGAUGAUGCUUUUAUAAAUUAAGAAGUACCAAUUUAGAAUGAUUCUAAUAUAAGUUCAGAUGAGGAAGAAGAGGAUCCAAAUGAAGAUGGUAAAAUAUGAAUUAUAAUUUUAAGUUAUGUAAUAAUAUACAAGGGACUUUCAAAAACAUUUAAUACAUAAUGGUGGUAGCAAUGGAAAUAUUCAAGAUGAUAAAAAUGGAGGUGCUGCAACUAAAAGUAGUCAAUCAAAAUAAAGUCAAAUUAAUAAAUAAUAAAAAAAAUUAACUCUAAAACCAAAUGAUAUCAUUUAAGGUUUUAGUAAGAAAUCUAUUUAAUCAAUAUCUUAAACCAAUAAUAUAACUGCUAUUCAUGAUAAUCAAUUAUAAUGAAGUAAAGUAAUG